GGCCGAUGCCAGAGGUCAGGUAAUAUCUCUGCCCGUGAUGAGAUGCCCCAGAAUGUAUUUAUAACCUAUGAGAAUUUUUAUGUCUGGGGUAUUGACUUCAUGGGCCCUUUUCCUCCAUCCUUUGGAAAUACCUACAUCUUAGUUGCUGUUGAUUACGUCUCUAGGUGGGCUGAGGCACAAGAUUUGCCCACUAAUGAUGCUAGACGUGUUUGUGGAUUUCUGAAGCAGCUGUUCUCCCGGUUCGGGACACCUAGAGCCAUUAUUAGCGAUCGAGACACCCAUUUCCAGGGCCAGUUUGAUAAGUUACUGUCUCGAUAAGGUGUUUGUGGCAUAUCACCCUCAAACGAGUGGCUAGGCCAAGCUGACGAAUCGGGAGCUCAAGCGUAUCCUAGAGAAAAUGGUGGAUCAGUCCCGCAAUGAUUGGUCCACCAAGCUCGAUGAUGCUCUCUGGGCAUAUCGCACUGCCUACAAGACGCCAAUUGGUACUUCACUAUACCGGCUUGUCUAUGGGAAGGCAUGUCAUUUGCCCGUGGAGCUAGAGCACAAGGCCUUUUGGGCCCUUAAGCUGCUCAACUUGGAUGUUAGUGUUGCAGGUGUUGAACGAAAAUUGCAAAUGCUGGAGCUGGAGGAAUGGCGUUACCACGCCUAUGAGAACACCAAGUUGUACAAGGAGCGCACUAAGCGCCUGCACGACGCACGGUUGCGGGGUCUGAAGGAGUUUCAGGUUGGUGAUUGAGUUCUCCUCUAUAACUCUCGCCUGAAACUCUUUCCUGGAAAGCUCCGCUCCCGGUGUUCUGGACCGUUCACGGUGACACAGGUGUUUCCAUAUGGAACGAUUGAAAUUGCCAACCCGCAAACUGAGCCAUUUAAAGUGAAUGGACAUCGUCUCAAGCUCUACCUGCGAAACGAGGUCGAACGUGCGGAGUUGGUGGUUGAACUCGCGGACGUUAGUUCCGCCAUGGGCGUCCAGCUAAAAGACGGUAAAGAAGUGCUUGUGGGGAGGCAACCCCACCACGGUAUACAUUUCUUUUUCCCUUUUUCUGUGUUUUGAGUUGUCUUCGAGUAAGUUGCACGCCUUUGCUGAAGUUCGUUCAUCUGGUAUGCCUCGUUUUGGUGUUUAGUGCAAGGGAGUUCGAAAAAAUGAUAAAAAGGGUGAUUUGGC